GCAAUACUGGAGCGCCAAUACGAAACUUUUAACCCUGAUACUCGCUGGACAAAUAAGAGGACUCUUCAACAGGAGGAACGGGCUGUGACAGAUGAAAGUCAGACCCUCGAAGUAGACCGAGAAGCGUUAGGGACAUCAGAGUCAAUGUCUUCAAUGUCGGACAUGGCACCAGCAGAAUUCACGGCUGUAGUUUUGUCUCGUUCACAGCCGGAACCCUACUACGUGUGCAUGGAUUUUAGCGACCCGGAAUUCAACAAGCUCGCCGGCGGCUUCCACAAGUUUGGAUACUAUAUCGGGGCACAGCACUUCGACGGG